UGGAAUUAUUGUAAAUUUAUUUUUGCAAAUGGGUGGAAAAGGCAAGAAGAAACGUAAUAGCAAAGAUUCUUCAUCCAGUACUAAUGGUAACGGCGAGGAGGGGGAGAAGAAAAAGGAUGGUAAGAAGAAGAGCAGCGGCAGCAAGUCGCUGGGUUGCGACAUCUUCAACGAUGUAGCCAUGGAGAAUGCCUACUAUGUGUGUCACAAUGUGCAGGACUUACUCAAAACGCGUGGCUUUGCUUGGCCCGAUGGACAAAAGAAGAAGAAAAAGGGCAAACGUUGAAUACUUAUUUAUUGUAUUUUUAGUGAAUCUAAGUUAAACGAUCC